GGACUAUAGCCAGACAAGAUGCUAGAUAUAUCCGAAGAUGCUCUCUUAUGGUUCGACUACUCACCAGCCAAGGUAAUCUGAGAGUAAACGUUGGAGAAUGGGAGGGAAUUCCAAUGCGGGAUAGACUCUGUGAACUGUGUCAGCAUGAAGUUGAGACUUUAGAGCACUUUACGUUGUUUUGCCCAAAUAACAAUGAAAACAGGACCCAAAUACAAAUAGUGAUAAACAGAUAUUUGAAUGAUGAGCACGUGACGACUUCUAACAAACUGAAAUUGGUCUACGGAGGCGAUGAGCGUGUCAGUCAUGAUGAACUCAAGGCAAUGUCCAGUAAUGUACGUGACAUGUAUAUUAAAAGAACGGAGAAAAACUGAAAUCCACAUAAGAAUGGUGGGAGUAGUGAUCGGUUGCCGAGGAUUUGAUGUAACGAUUUACCUAAUUAGUAAAUAGGUUUAAGCAAAGAUAUUUUACCGAUAUGAGUCUAUGUAUAUAGUUUUACCAAGAUGAGCCUGUAAUACACCUAUGUAUGUAUUUAUAUUUACAAUGAGAUUUGGUUUGAUAAAUGAUAGGUGGACAAUAUCUUAUUGUAGCUAAAGGGUAAUAGGUAAAGUGUAGGUUAACUGACGGCGUCAACGCGGUAGCCUGGCGUCCGUCAACAGCAAAUAUUAGGUGGAGAACUUGUUUUUCUUAUUGUAUGUAACAGAUAGUAGUAACUUGACGGCGUCAACGCGGUAGCCUGACGUCCGUCAACAUCAGGG